CUCUCUCCAAACUCGUCACUCACUCCCUCCGAGUAUAAAACCCCUCGCUUUCUCGCUAGGGUUUCGCCGUCUCCUUCCUCAAAUCCCUAAUUUUCCCCUUUUUCACGCAACCUCUCCCCAUUUCUAGUGCGCAAAUGGCGACCGUACAGUUCUCCGCGCCGGGAAUGGCGGCGGGGAGAAGGGCCACGGCGGCGGUGCCAUCGUUCUUGGGGCUCCGCCUCUCGCCGCCGACGCUGAGGCUCUCGUCUUCGGUGGGGGCGUGUGGGGUAGGGUUUGAUCGGAGAAGCUUCCGAGGGCUCCUUGUGAAAGCCGCUACUGUAGUGGCCCCGAAGUACACAACCGUCAAGCCGUUGGGCGACAGAGUGCUGGUCAAAAUUAAGUCAUCAGAAGAUAAGACCAGUGGAGGCAUAUUGCUUCCAACAACUGCCCAGUCAAAACCACAAGGCGGUGAGGUUGUUGCCAUUGGAGAGGGUAGAACCAUCGGCAAGAACAAAAUAGAAAUAACCGUGAAGACUGGUAGCCAGGUUGUGUACUCAAAAUAUGCUGGAACAGAACUCGAGUUCGAUGAAACUAACCAUCUGCUUCUAAAGGAAGAUGACAUUGUGGGGGUUCUGGACACUGAUGAUAUUAAGGACCUUAAGCCUCUUGGUGAACGUGUACUAAUCAAGGUUGCUGAAGCCGAAGAGAAGACAGCUGGUGGUUUACUAUUGACUGAGGCUGCCAAGGAAAAGCCUUCCAUCGGAACUGUGGUUGCUGUCGGGCCGGGUCCCCUGGAUGAAGAGGGCAACAGGAAACCCAUGGAUAUAAGCCCGGGAAGCACCGUUAUGUAUUCAAAAUAUGCGGGGAGCGAGUUCAAGAGCACGGACGGGUCGGAUUACAUCGCUUUGAGAGUCUCCGAUGUCAUGGCCGUUCUUUCUUGAUCUAAACUGUUGCAUAUGUGCUGUUGUGGAUUAUUUUUUUUCUCUUCUUCCUAAUGGCUAUGCGGCUUUAACGAUUUUUGAUGGAAGACUUAAAUUUUGAGCUCAUUAAGCAUUACUUUUCUCUGAUGGUUUAGCUUAA